AUGGCGUCAACUCUCAUCACCUGCCCCUCCUUAUGCUCCUCUUCUUCCUCGAUUUUUUCCACUUCCAUCAAAUUCUCCGUAAACACGAAUAAAAUUUCUCUUCCGUUUCCUGGAAACAGAACCCCACUUCCGACUCCUUCUCCUUCUAUCCCAAUUCGAAGGCGCUUCAAUGUCAUUGCUAUGGCUCCGCCUAAACCCAGUGGGAAGGCCAAAAAAGUGGUUGGGGUUAUAAAGCUAGCUCUUGAAGCUGGGAAAGCUACACCCGCUCCUCCCGUUGGUCCUGCUCUUGGUUCCAAGGGUGUUAAUAUUAUGGCUUUCUGUAAGGAUUACAAUGCUAGAACCGCCGAUAAGCCUGGUUAUGUCAUUCCUGUGGAAAUCACAGUCUACGACGAUAAAAGCUUUACUUUCGUAUUGAAGACUCCACCUGCUUCGGUUCUGCUUCUUAAAGCCGCUGGGGUGGAAAAGGGUUCAAAAGACCCCAAGGCGGAAAAGGUAGGAAAGGUCACAAUUGAACAGUUGCGUGCAAUUGCUGCUGAAAAGCUGCCGGACUUGAAUUGCUCGACUAUAGAAUCAGCUAUGAGAAUUAUAGCUGGUACUGCGGCAAAUAUGGGGAUUGUGGUUGAUCCUCCAGUUCUUGAACCGAAACAGAAGGAAUUUGUGUAG